AUCAUGACUGAGUUCACCGGAGGCGACGUUUACCAGGCAGAAUUUGACCCGAAGGCCUUCCUGGAAUAUUUUAAGUUUGGGGAAGACACCUGGAGAGAUGACUUUCUUAUCUUCAUCCUGAAACAAUACUGUAAAACCUUCACUUCAGGUGGGGUGAAAGGCGACACCCUGAUUGAUAUUGGCAGUGGGCCCAACAUUCAUCAGCUCCUCUCCGCCUGCGAGUCCUUUAAGGAGAUCAUUGCUUCAGACUAUACAUAUCGGAACCACCGGGAACUGGAGAAAUGGCUGAAGAAUGAGCCAGAAGCGUUUGACUGGACUCCAGUGGUGGAAUACGUGUGUGAGCUAGAGGGAAACAGGGAGAAGAAGGCUGAGAAAGAGGCAAAAUUAAGGAAAACCAUCAAACAGGUUCUAAAAUGUGAUGUCCACAAAAGCAACCCCAUGGAUCCAAUUGUCCUGCCUCCAGCUGACUGCCUCAUCUCAUCACUGUGCUUGGAAGCUGCUUGCAAAGAUCUGAACACUUACCGCAAUGCUCUGAAGAACAUCAACUCUCUGUUAAAGCCAGGAGGGCACUUGGUGCUGAGUGGAGAUUUGGGCUGCAGUUUCUUCAUGGUUGGCCCCAAAAGGUUCUCGUGUUUGGACCUGAGAGAGGAAUUUCUGAGGGAAGUCCUCAGUGAAACUGGCUUCAUCAUUCAGGAGUUUGAGGUUCUCUUCAGGGGUGAUGAUAUCAUCGACGAAAGCUCUGAUUUCUCUGGGAUGUACUUCAUUCUCGCUCGCAAAGAAGAAGCAAUAUAA